GGCACAUGGAAGCUCCCAGGCCAGGGAUCGAACUGGUGCCACAGCAGUGAUAAUGCCAGAUCCUUAACCUCCAGGCCACCAGGGAGCUCCCCCAGCUGUGCCAUUUAUAAGCUCUGUCACCUUAGCAGGUGACUGAAGCACUCAGAGCCUAGGUUCUCGCCACCUGGAAAGCGGGCAGAUUACACCUAAUUCACAGGGCCGUGAGGAUGAAUGGAGAAGGAGGCGUGCCGGCCAUUCCUGGCCCCCUGAACUUACUGUGAGGACCUGACCUCCUCCUGCCCCAGCACUUCACCCCAUGUCCAUGUGGCCACCUGGGCUCAGGAGCAGCCCCCUGCCCACAGGAGCAGCCCACUCCUCACACUGUUCACCUCUGUGAGGUCUGGGCGCCCUCCCUUCUCAUUCAUCUGUGGGCCCCCCAGAACCCAGCGGAGGCCCUGGUGCUGGAAUGCAUAACUGAGUGGUUGGUGAGUGAGGCCGAGGGAAGGCCAAAGUCCAGAGCCCGCCCACCGCCUCCUGCUCUCUGAGUUGGCGGGUGCUGUUUGCAGUGGGCCUGGUCCCUGUCCCAGGGCAGUGUGUGUGUGUCAGGGGUGAGCCCUGAGUAGGGUACUCCUGGUACCUGGUGUCGUCCCAUAGCCAGACUCCACAUGGGCACCACAGUGCUUCCUUUUCUGCGGGCACUGGGCCUCAUCCCCACUCCCACCAGUAAGCCGAGACUCCUGGGUCCAGGACCCUGAGGCUGGUUACCUGCCAUGUCAUGUGUGUACACAGGUGUGGCAUGCGUGUGUGCCUAUGUGUCUGGUGGUGCCAUGGGUGCCCAUCCAUGUCCUGUGGGACACUGGGCAACGCCUCUGUGGGCCCUAGAGAGCCCUGGCAGAGUGCCUGGCCCUGCCUGCCCACGUGAGUAGCCUAACUGCCUGGCAGGGCCUGUGCCUAAGCCCUGCUGGGUGUGUGUCCCUGUUUGGCUCCCCUGGCGCUGGCCCCUCCCAGGGGCUUGGGCAGCCGGCCCCAGCCCUUCCCUCCCCGCCUGCCCCCUGGGCGUGGGGGCUGCUUGGCGGGGCUUGCCUCUGGCUGAGGCCCAGGUGCAGGCAGUGCUCACAGCCCCACGCACCACCUCCCCCCAAGCUGGGCAGACAGGAAAAUACCAGACAUAGUUGUGCAAAGGUGGCUGCAGGCGGGCAGGCAGCAGGGGGUGGGGGCCCGCCUUGAUGGGCCUGGAGCCACCAGGCCAGGGGAGGCCUCUGUGCCAGGCUGGCCCCUGCUGCUGGACGUGUGUGUGUGUGUGUGCGUGUGCGCGCGCACACAUGUGUAGGCCAGCCCAAGUGUGAGCUGCUCCCCCCGCCCUAGCCAGGGGUCUUCCUGCUGGCACUGGGGAAGGAGAUGGAGCUCCUGGGAAGCUGGAGCUGGUAAGGGGCGUGGAGGAGCCAGCUGCUUGUCCUCCAGCAGCUGUGCUGCUUCAACUAUCUGGGUGACCUUGGCCUGCCAAGUUAAUGUGUGGGCACCCAGGGGCAGAAUUGGGAACAAGAAUCCUCAAGGCUACCAGUUGCUGACACCUCCUGUGUGCCAGGUGCCAGGCGAGCUCACCCUGUGGGAUGCCCCGAAUCUCCACGCGGCCCCAUGAGCUGACACCUCAUCCAUUAAUAUUGUGCUAUGUUACUGAUGAAGAAACCAAGUCUCAGAGCCGUGACAGGAGACUGGGAGCUGGUAGCCUGCCUCUGGGAAGCACUCUCUAAAUGUGCCCAAGUGGGGGUUCCUGGCACGCGCCCCCGCUCAGGUGCUGCCCAGCUGGGAGCUUUCCCAAGGCCCCCAUGUCUGGGAGUGGAGAGCUCAGCCCUGGUUGUGUCGCAGGGGGCGGGGGAGGGGGGCUGGCAUGCUCACUUUGGCAGGGUCUGCCCUCGAGGAGAUCUGGGAGGGCCGCUGCCCACUGCUGGAGUGGGAGCGCAUCUUGGAGUGGGAGAGGGGUGUGCUUGCUGAACAGGAGGGCCCAGGAAAGGGGAAGCCAGGCUCUUCCAGGAAGUGCUGCCUGCCCUGGCCCCUCUCCUGGGACCUGCUUGGGCUCAGGCCUCAGGCUAAGCCCCUCCCCUGGGUCCCCGGGGAAGGCCUGCUCCUCCCAGGGCUGCUCAGAGCGUCGCCGGCCUCCCAGAGCUCUUUCUUUGGCGCAGGCUCUGGAAGGUGGCUUGGGUCAGCUGUGGCCUCUCCACGGGGUAGCGGAGGCCCACGGCUCUCUGAGGGGCACAAGCUUGAACAAUUACACACUCAACUGAAGGACAGGUGCUCCCAGUUGAAGGUGAGACUGGAUGUCUGGUGUGGGGGGGCCAGUCCCUGCUCAGCCGUCCUCACAGCCUAAAGCUGCUCAAAGUCUGGGGGACAGUUCAUUCACGAGUUUGAUUAAGUACCUACUAUGCACCCAGCACUGUUCCAGGUGCUGAAUGCUCCCUACUGAGGAGAAAGACUGAGUCAUCCCUGGAUGUGCAUUCCCGUAUGGAUUUCUCCCCCAAAUCCAGUGGGGGGGACAUCUUAUUACUAUCAUCCUCUUUCAUAGAUGAGGCCCAGGAGUCCCAGACUGAGAGGUCACUUGCCCUAAGUCACAUGGGCAGGAAGUGGCAGAGCCAAGCUGGAGACCCAUACUGGAGCCCCGUUCUGCUGCCUGGGAAACCAACAGCGUCCACUCACAAUGGCGGCUUUAGAGGGUUCAGAGAACUCGUGCACAGACGGUGCCUGGCACACGGUUCCUGCCUGAAUACCAGCUCGGGAGCCCCCCGCUGCCUGCUGCCACCCCCCGCCCCCACCACCAUGCACUCCUUGGACGAGCCGCUCGACCUGAAGCUGAGCAUCACCAAGCUCCGGGCGGCGAGAGAGAAGCGGGAGAGGACGCUGAGCGCGGUCCGGCACCGAGCUCUGCACAGGGAGCUGGGCCUGGUGGACGACAGCCCCACUCCGGGCUCCCCGGGCUCCCCGCCUUCAGGCUUCCUGCUGAACCCCAAGUUCCCCGAGAAGGUAGAAGGACGCUUUUCGGCAGCCCCCCUGGUGGACCUCAGCUUGUCACCGCCAUCUGGGCUGGACUCCCCCAAUGGCAGCAGCUCACUGUCCCCGGAGCGCCAGGGCAACGGGGACCUGUCUGCAGUACCCACUGGCCCAGACCUCCAGCCGCUGCGCUAUCUGGACGGCGUCCCCAGUUCCUUCCAGUUCCUCCUGCCCCUGGGCUCCGGGGGGGCCCUGCACCUGCCUGCCUCCUCCUUCCUCCCCCCGCCCAAGGACAAGUGCCUCUCGCCAGAGCUGCCCCUGCCCAAGCAGCUGGUGUGUCGCUGGGCCAAGUGUAACCAGCCCUUUGAGCUCCUGCAAGACCUUGUGGACCACGUCAACGACUACCACGUCAAGCCCGAGAAGGAUGCAGGCUACUGCUGCCACUGGGAGGGCUGCGCCCGCCAUGGCCGUGGCUUCAAUGCCAGGUACAAGAUGCUCAUUCACAUCCGCACGCACACCAACGAGAAGCCGCACCGCUGCCCCACCUGCAGCAAGAGCUUCUCCCGCCUGGAGAACCUGAAGAUCCACAACCGGUCGCACACAGGCGAGAAGCCCUAUGUGUGCCCCUAUGAGGGCUGCAACAAGCGCUACUCCAACUCGAGCGACCGCUUCAAGCACACGCGCACCCACUACGUGGACAAGCCCUACUACUGCAAGAUGCCUGGCUGCCACAAGCGCUACACGGACCCCAGCUCGCUGCGCAAGCACAUCAAGGCCCACGGCCACUUCGUGUCACACGAGCAGCAAGAGCUCCUGCAACUUCGCCCGCCCCCCAAACCACCACUGCCGGCCCCCGACGGCAGCCCCUACGUCAGUGGAGCCCAGAUCAUCAUCCCCAACCCCGCUGCCCUCUUCGGAGGCCCCGGCCUGCCCGGCCUGCCGCUGCCCCUGGCCCCAGGCCCCCUCGACCUCAGUGCCCUGGCCUGUGGCAACGGCGGGGGUGGUGGGGGCGCGGGGGGCAUGGGCCCCGGGCUGCCUGGCCCCGUCCUGCCCCUCAAUUUGGCCAAGAGCCCGCUGCUGCCCUCGCCUUUCGGGGCUGGCGGGCUGGGUCUGCCCGUAGUCUCCCUCCUCGCCGGCUCCGCUGGCGGCAAGGCCGAGGGGGAGAAAGGGCGCGGGGCGAUGCCGGCCAGGGCCCUGGGCAUGGAGGGCCGCAAGACCCCCCUGGAAAGGACUGAGAGCAGCCGCUCCCGGCCAAGUCCCGACGGACUCCCCCUGCUGCCAGGCACGGUGCUGGACCUGUCCACGGGCGUCAACUCGGCGGCCAGCAGCCCAGAGGCGCUCGCUCCUGGCUGGGUGGUCAUCCCACCGGGCUCCGUGCUGCUCAAACCGGCUGUGGUGAACUGAAUCUGCCUGGUGGCCAGCGGCUCGCAGCCCUGCCCCCGACGAACGGAAACUCUUCUGCGAAAUAGCAAUAAUGUCCUCCUGUCCCGGGGCCCUGCUGGCCGCGUCCUGGGCAGACCCAGCUCCAGACAAGCUGGGCAGCAGGAUGGUGCUAGAAGGCACUGCUGGCGUCCCAGGUGCUGGAGGCAGGAAUUGGGCCUGCCAGCCAGAGAGCUGUGCUCCUGGGUGCUGAGGCCUGGCCCCCCACUCUGGUGCCUCCCUCAUCCAGUGGCCCACUGGGCAGGUCACCUGCCUGCCUUGCCCACCUGCCAGCCAUGUCCAAGCGGCAGGGGUGGGGGUGGCCUCUGCCCUGCCCGCCGGCCCAGGCUCCCUGCCCACCCCGUCCAGUGGUCAGCCCCGUCCUGCCUAGCCUCACUGGGCCCCUGCUCUGGGGGCUCCUGAUCCCUUUCCCUCUGGCCCACCCUCCAGAGGGAGAGCAAGACAGACGCAGGCACCAGCAGCGCCACAGGAAGAAACCACCUUACCCCCAUGACAAGGUGCCUCCAGCUAGGAGAGGGAGGCCCGCUCUGCCAGCUGCCCCCUGCUCACCAUCUGGAGCAGCCAGCACACUGCCUGAGGGUCAGACCCUGCUCCAAACUGAGGGGCUAGCCGACCACGCACCCACCCUUCACCACUGGGUCUCCUCCCUCUACUUCCAGGGAGCCCUGAGUCGGGAGAGGGGGUGCCAGGACCUGGGGCCCGCCCAGCUCAGGAACAGGGUGGGUGGGCAGUGCAGACCUGCAGGGUGUAGGAGGGGAGGCUGGCGGGGGACAACCCCAAGCUGGGAUACGCCUCUGGUUCUAGGGGCGCCAAGUCACAGGCAGCACAGGUGAGGGAGGGCUCAAGGCCAGUGCCAGACACAGGGGAUCCCCAGGGGCCAUGGGCUCAAGGACGGGAAAGGGGACAGCGAGGCAGCCCAGCAUGGGAAGCAGAAGCCAGAGGACCGAGCCUGGACUGGUAAUAGGGCUGUCCCCUUUGGCUUUUCCGGGCUGAGCCCAUCCUAGGUGUCCCCCUUGCUCCCCACCCCCAUGGCAGGGGCCGGAGUCAGCUUAGGGUGCUGGCGUGCCACACACCACAUAGCCGGCACCACUGCCUGGUCCCAGGGAACUGGGCUCUCCCACAGGCCCUGGUGACGCCCUGAGCCCUGGCCACUCCCUCUCCGCUGGGGGCCUGGUGUGGGUCUGCGAGGUGCUGGCCGCAGUCAGAGGCCUGGCCCCCAGGCCUGCCCUGCCCUUGGGCGCGCUGACCAUGUCCUCCCCUCCCUGGCUGCAGAACAAGGGAGCUGCAGGACGCAGCGGGGUUCUCAGCAGCCCCAUGGUUCUGGGGUCCUCCUGCUGUUCCUCUGAGCAGCUCUGCUGACCCCGCCCUUUCCUGGACCGCCCCUCUAUCCCAGAGGGGUCACCCUGACCCGGCCCGCUGACGGCCUGGCAGCGCUGGCUCUGCCCCUACAAGGGGCUGCAAGCGAGGCAGGAGGGAGCUGGUCUCCUUCCUUCGCGCCCCACCCAGGACCCGGCACCCCCACCUGCACUAGGGCCCCAGGCCUUAAGUCCCCAUUGGGGUGAGGGGGGUUUGAGACGCAAGCCCAGGGAGCAGAGGAGCAGGGCACUGGAAGGUGACAUUAGCUCAGCAUGUGACUCGGUGACAGACCAGGUCCCCAGGGGCCGGUGUACGUGUUGUUGUUGUUGGUUUGUUGUUGCACAUUCCAGGAUGUCAGUAUUUUAACAGGUUCUAAGUGCCUUUUUCUAUCGUAGCUUACGUUUUCCUCCUCUUGGCUCCAUUGCUGUUAGCAUAGAGUUUAAAAAAAAAAAAAAAAGAGAUAAGCUAAUGACUAUAACAAUAUAUUCCUCCAUGUGAGAGGAAGUUUAUAAAGAAACAAUAAAAGUGAGUUACAAA